AUGGGCUCCGAAAAGAUCCUCCCCCAAGAGGGCAAGCGAAACAUUCUUAUCACUUCCGCUCUGCCUUAUGUUAACAAUGUUCCUCAUCUGGGCAACAUUGUCGGUAGCGUGCUUAGCGCCGAUGUGUUUGCCCGGUACAACAAAGCCCGUGGACGACCGACUCUCUUCGUCUGCGGGACGGACGAGUACGGCACCGCCACGGAGACAAAGGCGCUAGAGGAAGGAGUUUCACCAGAAGAGCUGUGCACAAAAUACAACAAGAUUCACACCGAAAUCUACGAAUGGUUCGAGUUGGGUUUCGACAUUUUCGGACGGACUCCUACCAAGCAACACACCGACAUCUCCCAGGAUAUCUUCCUGAAACUUCACGCCAAUGGCCAUUUGACUGAACACAUAAACAGUCAACCAUACUGCGAGAAGCACGGAAAAUUUCUGGCAGAUCGAUUUGUCGAAGGUACAUGCCCAAAGUGCGGAUACGACGAUGCUCGCGGCGACCAGUGCGACAAGUGUGGGAGUCUCUUAGAUCCGCUAGACUUGAUCAAUCCCCGCUGCAAGGUCGAUGGGGCAACUCCGGUGACGAGGGAGACAAAACAUACCUACCUGCGACUAGAUGAGCUACAAAGCCGGAUCGAAGAGUUUUCAAAGCGGUCCAUUGAGAAUGGCCGGUGGUCACGAAGUGCCAAAGUCAUUACGGAGUCAUGGUUGAAACAAGGUCUGAAAGAGAGAGGCAUCACUCGAGAUCUGGCUUGGGGCGUGCCUGUUCCCCUUCCUGGCUACGAGCACAAGGUCUUUUACGUCUGGUUUGAGGCUUGUAUUGGCUACCCAUCGAUCACUGCCAACUACACAGAUGAGUGGGAAAAAUGGUGGAAGAACCCAGACCAAGUCCAAUUAUAUCAAUUCAUGGGAAAAGACAACGUGCCCUUCCAUUCUGUCGUAUUCCCUGGGUGCCAGAUGGGGACGGGGGAGGACUGGACCAUGCUACACCACCUUUCGUCCACCGAAUACCUCAAUUAUGAGAAUGGCAAGUUCAGCAAGAGCCGUGGUAUCGGUGUUUUUGGAAACAACGCAAAAGAAACCGGUGUCCCUCCGGAUGUCUGGCGAUAUUAUCUGCUCAAAAACCGACCGGAAUCAGGCGACACGCAGUUUGAGUGGCGGUCAUUCAUCGAUGGCAACAAUUCUGAGCUACUUGCUAAACUCGGGAAUUUUGUCAACAGAGUCAUUAAACUGGUCAAUUCCCCAAAGGCCUACUCUGGGGUUAUACCAGAAUUUGAUCCCAACAACUUACCUUCGUCCUUUAAGGAACACCUGGCUGAGAUUACGGAGCUUGUUAAGCAGUAUCUCGCAGAAAUGGAGGCGGUACACCUUCGCAAUGGUCUCCUUGUCGCCAUGAAGAUUGCGGAGGCUGGGAACGGCUUGAUCCAGGCUCACCGACUGGACAACUCGCUUAUUGGGAGCGAUCCCGCUCUUGCGGCCGCAGUUGUGGGCACUGUGAUAAACCUCAUCUACCUCUGCUCCGCCAUCUUCGAACCAUAUCUUCCUGCUACUUGUGCGUCGAUACGGAAACAACUCGACCGCCCAUUCUUGGAGAUCCCUUCCGAGGAAGACAUUGCCAAUGGGUGGUUUCCUGUCUACAUCAAGCCGGGGCACAAGAUCGGCAAAGCUGAGUAUCUCUUUACAAGAAUCGACGAGAAAAAGGCCGACGAAUGGCGAGACUAUUUCGGUGGAAAUCAGGCGGAAAGAGAGAAGAAAAAGAAGGAAGAGGCAGAGGUUGCUGCGAAGAAAGCCGCCCAGAAGGAGAAGGCCAAGGCUAAGAAAGCAGCUCAAAAGGUAGCGGCUGCAACUGCGGCUGGAGGCGUUGAGAAGAGCGCGAAAGGGGGCCAGGAAGGGAAAGAGCUGGCUAAUGGAGUUGCUGAUGUCGGAGAAGACGCGGCGGUAGCUAAGGUCGUUGAUGGAGUCGCGCAGGUAACGAUACCGACGUCUUGA